UUCCGAUCUGAUUUCGAUCUGCGUCCAAUUCAUGUUCUUUUUUCUCUUGGAACGAAUUAAUAUUAAUUAGUGGUAAUGGGGAGAGAACCAGUGGACAAACACAUGGAUAAUAAUAAUAAGCUAAACAGCUCUUCGGGAUCUUCUACGCAGCAUAUGGAGCCUGCAGAGGUUAAGGAGUGUACUGAUCACAACUUGGUUUCAGAUGACGGAUCUGGAUCUCAUACAUCUUCUGGCCAAAGGAAGAAGCUAAACACACCUUCUGCUUCACAUAAAACUCGGAAUUACACUGUUCCAAAGCCAUUCUCUCUGUCCGCUGAAAAGCCUGCUUCCUCAGUCUGCGCAAGAGCAAGAGUGGGUGAUAAUAAUAAUAAUAAUAAUAACAACUCACCGGGAAAUGCUGGUAGCCGCAACUCUUCUUCAGGAUCAAGAGGUUCACAGCCAAACUCGCCUAUGCCAGCGAGGAAGACAGUAAAUCACAUGAAGCACCAUGAUGAAGAUGAUAGUUUUUCUGUUGCUUCCUCAUCAGCUACAUCUGUGAGAACUAUUAAACCCAAGGUAACCAUUGGAGUUGCUCCAACCUUUAGCAGCACAUCGCGGUUGGAGAGACGCAAAGAGUUUUACAAGAAGUUAGAGGAGAAACAGAAAGCACUCGAGGAAGAGAAGAUGGAAAACGAGAAAAGGCUUAAGGAAGAGCAAGAAUUAGUCACUAAGCAACUCCGGAAGAACAUGGUUUACAAAGCUAAUCCUGUACCGACUUUCUAUCACGAGCCUCCUCCACAGAAACCUCCACUGAAAAAGUUUCCUCUGACUCGGCCCAAGUCACCAAACCUUAACCGUAGAAAGAGUUGCAGUGACACAGUUCACUCAUCACAUCAGGAGGUGAAAGGGAAGCAUUGUGUUCGACAUCGCCACAGUGUAGACGGUCGCAAGGCAGAGCCCAAAGCUAAUGAUAGCCCGAGGAGGACACCAGAUAUGAAGAAGUCCACAAAGGAAACACCAAAGUCUGAAGAAGUUUAUGGAAAAAACAAGAAUGGCCACGAGGGAGAGGUAGGUGAGAACUGCAUUGAUGUUGUGGAGUGACGUGACGUUUAGUUUAUAACUUUGACUAACUUUGGUGGUUGAGAAACAAGAAAAAUGGGUGAGAAGUAGAAGAACAAGUUUAAAAGUUUCAGUUGUUUUGUUUUGCUUAAGAUUCUGUAUUGGAUUGCUUAAAUCGGUUACCCUUACCUGCUUGAUCUUUUCCUUUGUCCGUUUGAGAAUUCAUUUGAAAUGUAUAUCAAAGUUGUUGUCUAAAAAAUUAAGUUAUUGAACAUUUGUGUGAACUAUAUUGCUUUCAGAUUAAGGUUACUUGAGAGUAUGAGUUUGCUUUUAUCACAAAAUGGUCUUUUA